AUGGCUAAGGCAGCAAGCUCACCCGUCACCAACAGAGACCAUGGGAACAGUGAACAGAAACUUCCAGCUCUACGCCUGAACAACCCUGCUGUUCAGAUCAUCUUAAUCACCAUUUGUUUGUUCUGCAAUCCUGGACUAUAUGCUUCAAUCACGGCAAGUCCUUUCCCUGAAAACGAAGUCUUCGUUUUCAGCUCCUUCUUAGCAUCGUCCCUCAUCAACGUGCUGGGGCCCCGGUUCACCGUCUGUAUAGGAGUCACUGGAUAUCCGCUUUACACCGGGGCGAUGUGGUAUUACGACGUCACAGGCCGCAUCUGGUAUCCUAUCUUUGCAGGAGCUUACCUCGGUGUGAGCGCUGGAUGCCUUUGGACAACUGCUUCUUACAUGGCCAACACAUAUCCGGAGGAAAAAGACAAGGGGAUGUGGAGAGCAAUUCAGUGGACGGGAAACCUGCUCGGCGCAACAGUUGGUGGUUGCAUCGCACUUGGCAUCAAUUGGAAUGCAAAGUCGACGGGAGUCCCACAUUCCCUGUACAUCAUCUUUGUUAUCCUAGCAUGCUGUUCACUCCUCUUCGGUACCAUGAUACUCCCUCCGGCAAAACUCAUUCGAUCUGAUGGGACACAUAUCGCCGAAUUCAAACCAAUCUCCAUGAAAGCCUCCAUCAUAGAGACGGCCAAGACGUUCACCGAUCCGAUAAUGAUUAUCAUGCUGCCUGUGGCCUUUAUUCCAGAGAUGUUUAUGCCUUUACAAUCAUCCAUGAACGCAUACGCGUACAAUCUGCGAACGCGCUCGCUGAAUAAUCUUCUGAAUAACGUCACUCAGAUCCCGACAGUGAUCGGUUGUGGGCUGUUGCUGGACAACAAGAAGCUUCGACGCAAAACAAGAGCCUUUAUUGCCAUCACGAUUAUCAUGAUCUGGGUCACUGGAAGUUACGUUGCCCAAACCAUCUGGCUAUCUAGCUGGAAGUUCAACCGUCAUAUUCCAGGUCCCUCCAUCGAUAUCACCGAUGCAGCCUAUCCAGGAGCUGUCAUUAUCUACCUCUUCUAUGGAGGCCAGUAUGGCAUGUUUCAGAACACAGUGGUUUGGAUCAUUGGAUCUCUGACUAACGAUCCCCGUCGGAUUUCUCACUUGUCGGGUAUAUUCGUGGGCCUCCUCAGCGCUGGCACAGCCAUAUCAUUUGGUUGUGAUGCUACGGCCCAGCCAUAUGAGAACGAAAAUGCGGCUUUUUUCGCACUCACAAUGCUCUGCUGGCCCAGCCUCUACUACGUGGUCUGGAAAUACAUGAAAGACACCAACUACUUCCUUGAAGAGAACGUUAUUGUCCCAAUCCACGCCAGAAAGCAGUUGCAGGUCCACAUGGAAGAGACUGGUCAGACCCUUGAGAUCGAAAACGACCAUCCAGACCGAAAAAUGUGA